AUGGCCGGGAAGCUGCUACGGAAGCUUAAGGACAUGCUCAAGCACCGGCCGCACUCCUCUCAUCACCGUCCCGCAGCCGCUGGCCCCUCGAGCGACGCCGCGUGCCGGGUGGCCUCCGUGGAUGGCGGCGACAAGCAGGGUGACGGGCUCCACCUGGUCUACGUAGGUAAGUCGCGAAGGCGGUACCUCAUUAGCUCCGACGUGAUCGACCACCCUCUCUUCCAGAUCAUCGCCCAGCGUCACGCAGACGGUGACAGCAGCGGCGGCGCCGGCACAGUGGUUGGCUGCGAGGUGGUGCUGUUCGAGCACCUCCUCUGGAUGCUCGUGAACGCCGACCUGCAGCCCGAUUCUGUCGACGAGCUCGUGGAGUACUACACCUGCUGA